GGAAUGGCAUCUUCAAAAGAGAACUUUGAUAACUCAGUUUGUCCUGAUUCUUCAAAUCAACCAAUGAAAAGACAUUGUACUGAGUCAGGAGCUUCCUCUGACAACAACAGCGAACAAGUUAGGUACAAAGGGAACAAGAGAAAACGCAAUUCUGAAGUGGAGAACAAUUGUGUCUCCCAUCCAGAAGAGAGCAUGCACAGUGAAACAGAUUCAGAAAACCCUAUUUUUCCAUCAGGAUCCUUGAUAAAGAAAAACAUUUCAGACUGGACGGCCAUGGAUCUGUCACCUUUCAGAAUGAACUUUGAAAAAUGUACAAAUAUAGAAGAUGUAUUCUUCAAGGGGCUUUCACAUUUUGCCAUGAAGAAGAAAUGGUCUCCUAGAAUUUUAAAAUUUGGCUUCCGUAGUGCUGAAGACAAAGUGAAAUAUGAAUGUUUUCAAUACGCAAUUGAUAAUAUCUUUAACAUUGACUGUAAUAACAUUGAUGAAAUUGAAUUUGGUGACCUUUCAAAAAUACAGCACAUAUUUGAGGAUGCUGAUUGGAUUGCAGACUAUGUAGAAACAUCAGAAGUAAGAGACAGAAUUUGCAGAGAGUUGUCUUCAUGCCUUAAGAAUUUAAUAUGGCAACUUUCAUUUACGGUUGGACGACAAAAAAAUGACAUAUUGGAAGGAGUGACAGAAGGAAUGUUUCAAGAACUUUUUGUUAGUUUUGCAAGAAUGUUUAGCUUGAAUUUUGUGAGUAGUCCAAGUGUCCCAAAUUAUCCAUUGACAGUUUGUGGUAGAGGUUUAGUUGCCAGUCCAGAUGCCAUCUUAUGCCAUCCUACAGAUACUGGUUUAGAGAAGAUUUGUGCUAUUAUAACGGUGAACCAAUGCAAUCAAGAUGUGGACCUUGCAAGGAAUUUAAGAGACUUACAGAGAACAUCUUAUUCCCAACAAUUUGGAUCUUCUCUCAUUGGUCAACAUGGUGGACAAUUUCUGUGUACCUUACCAUUUUCAACCUUUGGAAAUGAUGGAAUGUAUGGAUUCAUUGUACAAGGAACAAAUGUGACAAUGACAUCUUUUAAGCCAGAGGAUGGUUAUUAUGACAAUUUGUGUAAUGGAUGUUUUCACAAUAAAGUAGCAACUGUAACACACAGUAGAACAUAUAAUAUUCUACAAAAAGAUGAUAGAAAACAGCUUGUGCAAACAUUUUUGGAUAUUGGAAAAUUACUAAAAUUUAUAACAGAUGAAGGAUAAUCUAAAUAUCCAAAGACAGUCUACAAACCUUAUUUCAUCCAAGGAAAGCCAACAGAUCUUUUUUCAUCCAAGGAUAAUCUACAGACCCAAUUUUCUAUCAAUGAUGGUCGUUCAAUGAUAGUGAACAUACCUAAAUAUCAUCUUAGGAAAGUCUACAGACUCAAAUAUUAUAACAUUGACUAUGUCAGACCCUUUUGGGUACUCACGUCAUGAAACAAAGCUGUAGUUAUAGUAGUUGUCAUCACAAGUGGCUUCAGACAAUUUAUUAUGAAAUACAAGUUUUGUAAAACACAUUCAUCAUUUUUAUAUUUCAAUGAAGGAUAUAAAUGACACAGAAAUUGGAGGUCCUGGAAAACAAAUUGUUUCAGUAUAUGAAUUUAAAAUAUGGUUUAAUCAAAAUUAAGCUUAUUUCAUACAUAUUCAUAAUGGCUUUCAAUCAGAAUUGGUAUUUGAUUUAAAAUAUUAAAGCAAGAUGGAUAAAGUGUACCAUAUUUAUGUUCACUGCCUUUCCAUAAUGAAAUUGUGAAUUGACAAAUAUAGCUACAGUUAUGAAAUAUGCUUCUAUAUUAUUGUAUGUUUCUGUAUUAAUCUUAGAGGAAAAUGCUCAGUUAGUUUGUUUUUUUUCAAAUCUGAAACCAUUCAAGCUAUAAGUAAACGCUCUCAUACAUAGAAAGGGACUUAAUUUAAAAUGCCUCUUUAAACAUAAACUAAUGCAGUUUAAUUGUAGAAAUAUUACUAGGAUUUGUCUUAUCUGUGUUUUGACAUGUUAUCUUUUGAUUUAUGAACUUUGAACAGUGCUACACUACCGUUAAAAUAAAAAAAAGAAGAUGUGGUAUGAUUGCCAAUGAGACAACUGUCCAGAAGAGACCAAAAUGACACUGUUGCCUUUAUUUAUUUGACCAAUGAUUUGGGAUUUGUGUUUGCUCCCUUGUACACUUCUGUCUUUUAAAUUAAAUUUAAUUAUGAGGCUGGUUUCUUAUGAAUCGAUUGUACAGACUUCACCACAACUUUGAGAUGAAAUAAAUAGUGCACAAAAUACUGCAUUCUAUAUUUCUACAAAUAUUCAUAUAUAGAUUUGGAUAUCCAUAUUAAGACAUGUUUUUAAUAAGAUUGAGAAAGGAAAGUGGGAAUGUGUCAAACAACAACCCGACUAUAGAGCAGACAACAGUGGAAGGCCACCAAUGGGUCUUCAAUGUAGCGAGCAACUCCCAUACCCUUAGGCGUCCUUCAGAUGGCCCCUUAAAAAAUAUGUACACUAGUACAGUUAUUAUGGACGUCAUACUUAACUCCAAAUUAUACAAAAGAAACUAAAAUUAAAAAUCAUACAAGACUAACAAAGGCCAGAGGCUCCUGACUUGAGACAGGCACACAAUUGCUGCAGGUUAAACAUGUUUAUGAGAUCCCUACUUGUAAAAG